AUGAUGGCCUACGAAAACCAAGCUGAAGAUUGGCCAGAAAUCCCUGAAAUUGAAUUGGAAUUAGUUCAAAAUGAUGCAAACAAAAUUCAACAAACGAAAGUUCGUAGAAUUCAUGCACAUCCUGCCAACACUGUUAAUACAGCUAAAAUCACUGAAAUCGAAGAUAGAAUUCAUAACGUUGAACAAAAUGUUGAAAAGAUUUUCGAUUUGAUUACAAAGAUCAAAGCCGUCGGAACUACAACACACGAUGAUGUUCAUAAUUGUGCAAGCUGCUUUACACCAAAUGCCAAAGAAUGCCCAUAUUGCCACGUUUAUUACUGCGAUACCUGCAUGAAUAAGGCAAUUCGCCACAAGUGCGCAGAAAAACAACAUCAGCAAUAA